AUGGUGAGUCCGUGCAAGAACCUCAGGCUUGCUGUCGAGAACGGCGACACUGAAGCAACCAUUGAGUUUCUGAACAAUGUUCUUACAAUGGAGAGCCAUCAUUUUCGCACUGCUACUAUGAACAAGCACAACGGCAUUCUAGAGCUGUUCUUGUCACGGAGCUGGGAAAUUAAUGCUGAUAUGAGUGACACGGUACCAUCGGCGUCAGUGUACACCUUUGAAGAUGUGGGACUUCUCAAGUGGUUCCUAAACCAUGGCGCGGACCCAAAGAAGAGGUGCCGUAUUCGAAACUGCACGUCAUUAUCCUAUGCAGUCCGGGAUGGUCCUUUUAACGCCAUCAAGAUCCUUUUUGAAAGUGGAGGUCAAGUCCAAGAUGGGCAGCUUUUGCAUUAUGCUGUGAUGCGAACCAAAAAUGACAGCCACGCAGUGCUAGAGCUCAUUUACGAUCAAGAUUCCGACUAUAACAAGCAAUGUGUCAACAGAAUGAUUGACGAGGGAACCCCAGAAUAUUCUAUGAAUGAAAGAAGCGGGCUUGGCACUCCAGUACAUUACGCCGCCCGAUCUGGUUCAUAA